CCCUUUAAGUAUGGGAGGAAGCCUGAGAGGUUUUUUACACGCGAGAAAUGGCAAGACCGACUGAAAUCGGAUUGUUUUUCACCUUACUGCUCUCAUGGAGCUUCUGCGCGACGCCGGAAAAGAAAGUGUGUCAGGGAGCAAACAACAAACUGACUCUUCUGGGAACAGUGGAUGACCAUUAUCAGAUUCUGGUAAAAAUGUACAGCAACUGCACCGUCGUUCUGGAAAACCUGGAAAUCACAUAUAUGACAGCAAAACACGACUUGUCCUUUCUCAGGAACAUCCAAGAAGUCGGUGGCUAUGUCCUUAUUGGGAUCAACACGGCUCCUAGUAUUCCUCUUGAGAAUCUGCGCAUCAUCCGUGGCCACUCUCUUUAUGAAGAUAAAUACGCUUUAUCUGUCCUCCUGAACUACAACAGCAGCAUCAGACAAGGCGUGAACCAGUUGCCACUGACUAGCUUAACUGAAAUACUGAAGGGUGGAAUAAAAUUUGGCAGUAACGAUUUUUUAUGUAACGUGGAGACCAUCCAGUGGACUGACAUUCUGAACAUGAAGAGCCAGCCGGAAAUGAAAGAGCCGGAACGAAGCUCAGCACAAUACUGUAAAAAGUGUGACAAGAGCUGUUAUAAUGGUUCCUGUUGGGGCCCUGGUCCCCAAAACUGCCAAAAAAUGACUAAGGUGAUCUGCGCGGAGCAGUGUUCGGGGAGGUGUAAGGGGCCCAAACCCAUUGACUGCUGUAAUGAACAUUGUGCUGCUGGCUGCACAGGACCCAAACCAACCGACUGCCUGGCCUGUAAGGACUUCCAGGAUGAGGGGACAUGUAAGGACGCAUGUCCACGGCUCAUGCGCUACGACCCCAACACCCACCAGCUUGCUCCCAACCCUAAUGGGAAAUACAGUUUUGGGGCAACGUGCAUUAAGAAUUGCCCACACAACUAUGUCGUGACAGACCAUGGGGCAUGUGUAAGAACAUGCAGCCCUGGCACCUACGAGGUGGAUGAGGGUGGAGCGAAAUGCAAGAAGUGUGAUGGCCUUUGUCCAAAAGUUUGCAAUGGCCUGGGAAUGGGGCCUCUGGCCAAUGUCCUGUCAAUCAAUGCCAGCAACAUUGACUCCUUUGAGAACUGCACAAAAAUCAGCGGAGGUGUUGCAAUUCUCACCACAACAUUUAAUGGUGACCUGCAUACUAAAACUCCAGGGCUGGAUCCGGCCAAGCUCAACAUAUUCAAAACUGUAAAAGAAAUCACUGGCUACCUGGUGAUUCAGCAGUGGCCGAAAGACAUGCCAUCCCUCGGCGCCUUUGAAAACCUUGAGGUCAUCCGUGGACGUAUAAAACAGCAAGGUGCAUUCAGCUUUGCUAUCACCCAAACUGAAAUUACACAUUUCGGCCUGCGUUCUCUGAGCGAGAUCAGUGACGGCGAUGUGGUCAUCUCUCAGAAUAAGCAUCUCUGCUAUACCAGCCUUGAAGAUUGGUAUCGCCUCUUCAAAUCUAAACAACAGAGUGCCAAAAUGUUAGGAAAUGCUAAUGCUACCAUCUGCGCGAAUCAGAACAGGACAUGUGAUGAGAUGUGCACAGAUGACGGAUGCUGGGGUCCUGGUCCCACUAUGUGCUUCACCUGUAAGCAUUACAGCCGUAAAAAAUACUGUGUGGCUUCCUGUAACCUGCUGGCUGGUGAGCCACGUGAAUAUGAGGUCAAUAAAACGUGUGUCGAGUGUGACCCUGAAUGUCUGCUCAUGAAUGAAACCAAGACCUGCACCGGUCCUGGACCCGACAAAUGUACAGAUUGUGCAAACUACAAAGAUGGGCCGCACUGUGUAACACGCUGCCCACAAGGCAUACCGGGAGAGAAAGACAUACUCAUUUGGAAAUAUGCUGACACGAUGCGAGUGUGCCAGCCCUGUCAUGAGAACUGUACCCAAGGAUGUACUGGGCCUGAUUUAAAAGACUGCAAAGAUUUCAAAGGUUCUGGUUUGCCCAUGAUUGCCGCUGGUGUGGUUGGAGGUCUGCUGGCGUUUGUUAUCCUGGGUCUAGGAGUUGCUGUUUUUCUGCGCAGAAGGCACAUCAAGAGGAAGAGAACCUUACGACGACUCCUACAAGAAAGAGAGCUAGUGGAGCCUCUGACCCCCAGUGGCGAAGCCCCCAACCAGGCCUUGCUGCGCAUCCUCAAAGAGACAGAGUUCAAGAAGAUCAAAGUGCUUGGGUCCGGAGCUGGCACUGUGUAUAAGGGCUUGUGGGUUCCAGAGGGAGAGAGUGUCAAAAUCCCUGUCGCCAUUAAGGUCUUACGAGAAGCCACGUCUCCUAAAGCGAACCAGGAGAUCUUGGAUGAGGCCUAUGUGAUGGCGAGCGUUGAGCAUCCUCACGUGUGUCGUCUGCUCGGCAUCUGCUUGACCUCCACCGUCCAACUUAUCACCCAGUUGAUGCCCUAUGGAUGUUUGCUGGACUACGUCAGAGAAAACAAGGAUAACAUUGGCUCUCAACACCUGCUCAACUGGUGUGUGCAGAUUGCUAAGGGCAUGAGCUACUUAGAAGAGCGCCAUCUUGUGCACAGGGAUUUGGCUGCUCGUAAUGUGUUGGUGAAGACCCCUCAGCAUGUGAAGAUCACAGAUUUUGGCCUGGCCAAGCUGUUGAAUGCCGAUGAGAAGGAGUAUCACGCAGAUGGUGGCAAGGUGCCAAUAAAAUGGAUGGCACUGGAAUCCAUCCUACACAGGACAUACACCCACCAGAGUGACGUUUGGAGUUAUGGUGUGACGGUUUGGGAACUGAUGACAUUUGGAACAAAGCCCUAUGAUGGGAUUCCUGCAAGUGAAAUUGCUGAAGUUCUAGAGAAAGGAGAAAGACUUCCUCAGCCUCCUAUCUGCACCAUUGACGUGUACAUGAUAAUGGUCAAAUGUUGGAUGAUCGAUGCAGAGAGCAGGCCUCGCUUCAGGGAGCUCAUCGCUGAGUUUACUAAAAUGGCACGUGACCCGCCUCGCUAUCUCGUCAUUCAGGGUGAUGAUCGAAUGCAUUUACCCAGUCCUUCUGACUCCAAGUUCUACCGUAGUCUGAUGAGCGGAGAGCUGGACGAAGCUGUGGAUGCAGACGAGUAUUUAGUGCCCAAUCACAGCUUCUUCAGCAGCCCCAGCACCUCCCGCACACAGCUGCUGCACUCGAUGAGUUUCAACAGCAGCAUUGGGAACUGUCAUAGCAGAAACGGGAAUGGUUUCCCAGGAAGGGAGAACAGCAUUGUUCUGCGUUACAUCCCAGAUCCGACAGAACGCCUCCACGAGGGAGACUUCCAGCCCGCUCCAAGUUGGAACGAAUAUAUAAACCAGAAUGAAUCACUGAUGUCCAGCAUGACCAACCCGAUAUACCAACACCCCGGACCCCCCCGCACACUUCCACACUCUUCAUCAGCGCUGGACGAAACCGAGGAAGAAUACCUGAACUGCUUUAAGAGUCCCGCUGACGCCCCACCUGAGUAUCUGAACACAUCACACACACAGCUCCUCUCCAGACAGCCGUUCUUCAGCGUGCAGGCCUUCAACCCCCAGAACAGCAUGGACAACCCAGACUACCAGCAGGACUUCUGCCCCCUGGAGCGCAAAACACACACCAACGGCCACUUGCCGGCUGCGGAAAAUGCAGAAUACAUGGGGCUGGAAGUGCACUAGCACACUGUGCAGAAGAGCAACUCUUAAACGAGCCACUUAACAGCAGAUAAAGAUGGAAGGACAUCUAUUUACAGCGGAUAAGUCGUCAGACAGUUUUGCCUGCCGUCAAGCUUUUUUCUUUACCUGGGCUACCUUUCAAAAUAUGCUCGUUUUGUUCGGAGCGAGACUUGGUCGGAAUCGAACAACUGUGGCUCUCUCAAAUGACUACAGGACAUGCCAGUGG